AUGCCGAAAUAUUAUUGCGAUUAUUGCGAUACGUAUUUAACGCACGAUUCUCCGUCGGUUAGAAAAACACAUUGUCAGGGUAGAAAACAUAAAGAUAAUGUUAAAUUUUAUUAUCAAAAAUGGAUGGAAGAACAAGCGCAACAUUUAAUAGACGCAACAACGGCUGCUUUUAAAGCGGGUAAAAUAGCAAAUCCGUUUGCUCCUAAACCAGGUGCAGCCAUUCCACCUCCGGCAAACAUGCAAGGACCGCCCAGACCGGUACCGCCUGGUCCGAUGGGUCCGGGUCCGAAUAUGUUAGGACCUGGACCAAUGGGACCUAUGGGACCGAUGAUGAUGGGACCUAACGGACCUAUUCGUGGGCCCAUGGCAGGGCCAAUAAUGGGCCCUAUGGGUCCCAUGAUGGGUCCAAUGGGUCACAUGGGACCAAUGAUGGGACCUAUCGGUGGACCAAUGAUGAGUCCCAUGCGACCCAUUAUGACAAACAUGCCUCAACCUGGACAACCACCGAGAGCAAAAGAAUAA